AUGCAAGAGAGGGAAUGGCGAGACACAUUUAGAACAUUCUGGAGCAGGUUUUACUUUGUUCGGCCCGACUUGGACCUCUACCAGCAAAGCAGCUUCGAUGUAUCAACCUGCAUACCGAUAGCAUUUCACGGCGAUGAAGGCCGUGGGAAGCUUCGACGAGCUAUCAUGAUACUGUCGAUGCAACCGAUAAUAUCCCACAAGGGCCCAAAGUACACCAACAUGAGUGGGCACUCCUUCACAUCACGCCUGCUGUACACCGUCGUCCCAGCGCAGAUGUAUGCCUCGAAUACCAUUGACAAGCUCAACGAGGCAAUGGCAGCUGAUGUGAGGUCUGCAUACUUUGAUGGGAUUUCAGUCACCCAUGCUGGAAAAGAACUUACUUUCCGGCUGGUCCCAAUCAUGAUUAAAGGUGACUGGCCGUUCUUGCGGCUGGCGAUGAGCUUGAGUGCAGGCUAUAAUUGCAACCGGAAGUGCCAUUUGUGCGAGGGACAGGUGGGAUCUAGUAUAGCCAUCUAG